GGAAAAAGGUACAGUGAAGAGUGAGUCCUCUCUGAGUCAAGAGCAUAUCCAUAGCUUUUAAACACAAAAGCUCCAUUUUAUUCUCCUCAUAGCAAAAAAAGUCCCCGCAAAACACAAAUUCAGAAAGGAGAAUAAUGAAAUACGUUUUGGUCACGGGAGGCGUGGUGAGCGGCCUCGGCAAGGGCGUCACGGCCAGCAGCAUCGGCGUCGUGCUGAAGGCCUGCGGUCUCCGCGUCACCUCCAUUAAAAUCGAUCCUUAUUUGAAUACAGAUGCUGGUACAAUGUCUCCGUUUGAGCACGGGGAGGUUUUUGUUCUCGAUGAUGGUGGAGAGGUGGAUCUAGAUUUAGGUAACUAUGAGCGGUUUUUGGAUGUGAGGCUAACAAGAGACAACAAUAUUACUACAGGAAAGAUAUAUCAGUCCGUCCUUGAGAAGGAACGAAGAGGGGAUUAUCUUGGGAAGACCGUACAGGUGGUCCCGCACAUUACUGAUGCUAUUAAGAAUUGGAUUGAAUCCGUGUCUGUUAUUCCUGUGGAUGGAAAAGAAGGCGCUGCAGAUGUUUGUGUUAUUGAACUUGGAGGGACUGUUGGUGAUAUAGAGUCGAUGCCUUUCAUUGAAGCUCUGAGGCAGCUACUGUUCUCAGUUGGACAAAAUAAUUUCUGCCUGAUUCAUGUCAGCCUUAUACCUGUUCUUGGCGUUGUUGGUGAGCAAAAAACAAAACCCACACAGCAUAGUGUGCGAGAACUGAGAGCUUUAGGCUUGACUCCUCAUUUUCUGGCUUGCCGAUCGACCGAGCCGCUGUUGGAAAAUACCAGGCAGAAAUUGUCACAGUUCUGCCACGUUGGCAAUAUUCUUAAUAUCCAUGAUGUUCCCAACAUUUGGCACAUUCCUCUUCUGCUUCGAAAUCAAAAUGCACAUGAUGCCAUUCUUAGACAUCUGGAUUUACUGAAUGUAGCUAGUGCUCCUAAUUUGCAAGAAUGGACCGACAGAGCUGAGACUUUCGACAACCUAACAAACCCUGUACGAAUCGCAAUGGUUGGGAAGUAUGUUGGAAUGGCAGAUUCCUAUUUAUCUGUUGUGAAGGCCCUUUUGCAUGCUUGCAUAGCGUGUUCUUUGAAGCCUGCGAUCGAUUGGAUUGCAGCUUCGGAUCUUGAGGAUGAAAGUGCAAUAUCUACACCAGAAGCCCAUGCAACUGCUUGGAGAACUUUAAGGAAUGCUGCAUGUAUCUUGGUUCCUGGUGGGUUUGGAGACAGGGGUGUGAAAGGAAUGAUAUUGGCUGCAAAAUACGCUCGAGAGAACAGAGUACCGUAUCUUGGCAUCUGCUUGGGCAUGCAGAUAUCCGUGAUUGAGAUUGCCAGAAAUGUAUUGAACUUGCAAAGAGCAAAUAGCAGUGAGUUUGAUAACGAGACUCCAGACCCUGUUGUGAUUUUCAUGCCAGAGGGUUCAAAAACACAUAUGGGAAGCACAAUGAGACUUGGGAGUCGGAGAACAUUACUCCAGACUCCAGAUUGCUUGACAGCAAAGCUGUACCACAACUCAGAGUACGUCGAUGAACGGCAUAGGCACAGAUACGAGGUGAACCCAGACAUGGUUAGCAUUUUGGAAAAAUCUGGGCUAAAAUUUGUUGGUAAAGAUGAAAGUGGAAAGCGCAUGGAGAUUCUGGAGCUCAAGGAUCAUCCUUUCUAUGUGGGGGUUCAGUUUCAUCCCGAAUACAAAUCACGCCCUGGGAGGCCUUCUCCUCCAUUCUUAGGGAACAUUGGGGACCUUGAUGGGAUGAAAAUUCAAAUCCAUGGUAUUUUUGAAAAGAUCUGCAAUGUGCAUACAUCAUAUGCAAGUGGGAGACAUGUUUUGGCCCUUCACCACUUGUGAUCUUUGUGAUGUUUGUGGUGAGAUAGUUUUGUUUAUCAAAUUUGUAUUCGAGCUUUUAUUUAAAAAAAAAAAAAAGAAAAAGAAAGAAAGAA